AAUUUUCUGUCGGUUCAAACUGCCGGUUCGAAACGGGUUGGGCAAUCAAAGCUUGCGGUAAAAAGGGAAAGCCGGAGAGUUGAAUUGAGAUUUGGAUCUGCCAUCAGAGACAGCGCGCAGCGUAGCAGCUUCGCCGGCAGACGCCUACCACCGCCAUGAUUCACUUUGUUCUUCUCAUUAGCAGACAAGGAAAAGUAAGGUUGACAAAAUGGUACUCACCUUAUUCUCAGAAGGAACGAACAAAGGUUAUUCGAGAGCUUAGCGGUUUAAUCCUAACUCGUGGCCCCAAGCUAUGUAAUUUCGUGGAGUCGAGGGGAUUCAAAGUUGUUUACAAGAGGUAUGCUAGCCUUUAUUUCUGCAUGUGUAUCGACCAGGAUGAUAAUGAGUUGGAGGUCCUCGAAAUUAUCCAUCACUAUGUUGAGAUACUAGACCGUUACUUUGGAAGUGUGUGUGAAUUGGAUUUGAUCUUUAAUUUCCAUAAGGCCUAUUAUAUAUUGGAUGAACUUGUGAUUGCCGGUGAACUUCAAGAAUCCAGCAAGAAAACCGUGGCGCGCCUAAUAGCUGCACAGGAUUCACUUGUGGAGGCAGCCAAGGAGCAAGCGAGUUCUAUAAGCAACAUGAUUGCUCAGGCGACAAAAUGAGCACUCACUUGUGAGCGAUCGAAACUCGGGUUAGAGUUUUACCUUGUUAAAAAUCACACCUUGUCCUGCAGCCUGUCCUUUAUCCUGCCCCUCACCACACUCUUAUAUAUAUAUAUUCCAUAUUCUGCAGUGGUAAUGUCUCCUAAUCUUUGUAGUUUUUGCAAAUGCAAUGUUUUGAGUAUGAGUGUAAGAGUGUUGUUAGUUACUGUAUUGGGUAUUGCUUUUUUAAUUUAAUUGAAGGUAGAUCUAUUUAUUGCAAUUAAAUACUACCUUCCGUACGCGAAGGGUCUUAUUUA